AGCCUCUUCCCACAAGUUCUCGCCAAACUAAACAUUUAAUUUCAAAAUGACAAACGCUGUGUCAGUAACAACUAACGAGAACUGCCCAGUUGGCCAAAACAUUGGAUCCAACAAAAAUACGAUGUCGCCCACUGAAAUAUCCAUUGAGCAAUUGCCGAAUCUCGCAUCGAACUGGUCAACUUUUCUUAGAGAUAUUACCAACGAUCGAAAGCUGCGAGCUGAGCGCAUAAAUCGGCAGUCGGAAAAUGUCAUUCAAUUUAUAAAUAGAUUCCCGCUCCUGGAAUCUUCCUGAAAAUCCUGCCAGAGGUGAAAAUAAUAUUAUCACUAAAAACU